AUGGCUCGGAACGAAGAGAAAGCGCAGUCCAUGCUGAAUCAUUUCAUCACCAUGAAAGAGGAGGAGAAGAGGCCACCAAAGCAACACCGCCCUUACCUGGCAUCGGAGUGCUGCGAUCUGGCGGAGGCCGACAAGUUGGGCCAGCAAAUCAUGCACGAAAUCAGCCGGAAAGUCGCUGAGAUCCAGAACGAAGGCCUUGGAGAGCACUGCAUCAGGGGCCUGAACGACGAGAUCGACAAGCUUAUCCAAGAGAAGGUGCGUUGGGAGCGCCGCAUCGUGGAGCUGAGAGGACACAAUUACUCGAGGUACUCCGCGAAGAUGACUGAUUUGGAUGGCAACAUCGUCGACGUGCCCAACCCUAGCGGCAGGGGUCCCGGUUAUAGGUACUUUGGCGCCGCCAAGAAGCUGCCUGGUGUUCGGGAGUUAUUUGAGAAGCCUCCUGAACUGAGGAAAAGGCCCACAAGGUAUGAUAUAUACAAGAGGAUCGAUGACGACCUAGUUCCGCCAGCCGACCUCCUCACCAGAGGCAACGCUCAGGAAUUGAUCGGAGAUCCGUCGCGUCGAUUGUCGGCCAUCAACCGCCGCGGAGAUGGCCAACCGCAGCUGCCCCUGCGCGAUAAACCGGAGGGCAGCAAUCCGCCGCGUGACUUUUCGGGGACGAGCUAG